UCCACUCAGACUCAAACCGAACUCCACAUUCAUCCGCCACUCUGCUUCCUCACCUCUCACAUCAUCAGGAUGGAUCAUCAUGACUGUCAGCGAGGGAGAAGCAGAGGUCACAGACGCUACGACGAUGAGGAGGAGGAUGAGGCCCAGCCGUUCUACAUCGGCGUUCCGGUUUCCCACAGGCGGAAAAGACGUCGACAUCACUCCCACGUCAGCGACGGCGAGCGUGAGUCACGACAGUACGACCACCACCACCACGACCACUCACACCGAGGAUAUUACCACGACAGAGAGGAGCACUACAACGACGAGGACGCCAAUUUAGAGCCCCACGAGCCGGCAGAUCCCUCAGUGUCACCUGCUGCAGAGCGACUGCGCCACAUCCUGGCCGAAGAUGACAGCACGCCGACACCCACGAUAUUCACUGAGAUGGACACGCUGCAGCAGGAGGGAGGCGAGUUAGAGUGGAAAGAGUCUGCGAGAUGGGUGAAGUUUGAGGAGAAGGUGGAGGAGGGAGGAGAAAGGUGGAGCAAACCUCACGUGUCCACGCUGACCCUCCACAGCCUGUUUGAGCUCAGGACUUGUCUGCAGACAGGAAGUAUCCUGCUGGACCUGGAGGGAUACUCGCUGCCACAGAUCGUUGAGGACAUCGUGGACCGGCAGAUAGUGGACGGCCUCGUUGCUCCAGACCUGAAGGAGAAGAUCAUCUUUGUGCUGCUCAGGAAGCACCGUCACCAGACCAAGAAACCCAUCCACCGCUCUCUGGCCGACAUAGGGAAGUCCUCCAACACCGCCGCCAGCCGUAGUCCUCAGGUUAAUCUGAGUCGUAGCACUAGUUCAGCUUCUGGGAUCCACCGCUCCACAGAAGACCUACGCUCUCGGCAGUCAAGCAGCCUUGGCCGCCUGCAUCCAGCUCAGAGCCGAAGCAUGAAUGAUAUUUCAGACACACCGAGCUCAGACCAGCUGAAGAAUAAGUUCAUGAAGAAGAUUCCUCGUGAUGCCGAAGCGUCCAACGUCCUGAUUGGUGAGGUGGAUUUCCUGGACAAGCCUUUCGUCUCCUUUGUGCGUUUGGCUCAAGCCACGACUCUUGGAGGCCUCACCGAGGUCCCUGUUCCAACCAGGUUUCUCUUCAUCCUGCUGGGUCCUCAGGGCAAAACCAAGUCCUACAAUGAGAUCGGCAGAGCCAUCGCUACGCUCAUGGUGGAUGAUCUGUUCAGCGACGUCGCCUAUAAAGCAAGAGACCGUGAGGACCUGAUUGCAGGUGUUGAUGAGUUUCUCGAUGAGGUGAUUGUCCUUCCUCCGGGAGAAUGGGACCCCAAAAUACGCAUUGAACCUCCUAAGAAAGUUCCAUCAGCAGACAUGAGGAAGUCGGUGCUGAACCUGAAUGAGCUGGGUCAGAUGAACGGCUCGGCGGGCGGAGCAGCUGGUGGAGAAGACGAGGAGCUUCCAGCUCCACAUGAGCUUGGAGAGGAGCUGAAAUUCACUGGGAGAUUUUGUGGUGGAUUGUGGCUGGACAUCAAAAGGAAGAUGCCAUGGUACUGCAGUGAUAUCUACGAUGGUUUCCAUAUCCAGUCCAUCUCUGCUGUGCUCUUCAUCUACCUGGGCUGCAUCACCAAUGCCAUCACCUUUGGAGGACUUCUAGGGGACGCCACCGACAACUACCAGGGAGUGAUGGAGAGUUUCCUCGGCACCGCUUUAGCAGGGACCGUCUUUUGCGUCUUCAGCGGGCAGCCUCUCAUCAUCCUCAGCUCCACCGGACCCAUUCUCAUCUUUGAAAAGCUGCUUUACGAGUUCAGCAAGAGCAACAGUAUAGACUACAUGGAGCUACGCCUGUGGAUCGGCCUUCACUCCUGUCUGCAGUGUUUCCUGCUGGUCAUCUCAGACGCCAGCUACAUCAUCAAAUACAUGACCCGCUUCACAGAGGAGGGGUUCUCCAGCCUCAUCUCCUUCAUAUUCAUCUCUGACGCCAUCAAGAAGAUGGUGGGAUCCUUUAAGUAUUACCCAAUCAACCGAGGCUUCAAACCAGACUUCAUCACGUCCUACAAGUGUGAAUGCAUCGCUCCAGACCAGGCAUCUGUGCUGGGCUUGAAUGUUUCAGCUCCACCCUCAGAUGAUAACAUGUCUCUGCUGUUUAACUUGACAGACAUGGACUGGAGUCAGCUGAGUAAGAAGGAGUGUGUAAAGUAUGGCGGCGUGCUGGUGGGGAACUCCUGUAAGUAUGUCCCCGACUUGGCCCUCAUGUCCUUCAUCCUCUUCUUCGGCACCUACUCCAUGACCGUUUCCCUCAAGAAGUUCAAGUUCAGCCGCUACUUCCCGACGAAGCUCCGUUCCCUCAUCAGUGACUUUUCCAUCAUCAUUUCCAUCCUGGUCUUCUGUGGCUUGGACGCCCUCCUGGACCUCAACACACCCAAGCUGCAUGUCCCCACUGAGCUCAAGCCGACGCGUCCAGACCGAGGCUGGCUGGUGCUGCCGUUCGGUAAGAACCCCUGGUGGUGGUACGUGGCCAGCUUCGUCCCCGCCCUCCUCGUCACCAUCCUCAUCUUCAUGGACCAGCAAAUCAGCGCCGUCAUCGUCAACCGCAAAGAAAACAAGCUGAAGAAAGGCUGUGGCUAUCACCUGGACCUGUUCUGGGUGGGGGUCCUGAUGGCAGUCUGCUCCUUCAUGGGUCUGCCCUGGUACGUGGCGGCCACCGUCAUCUCCAUCGCCCACAUCGACUCUCUGAAGAUGGAGAGUGAAUCCAGCGCCCCCGGAGAGCAGCCCCAGUUCCUGGGGGUCAGAGAGCAGAGGUUGACGGGUAUUCUGGUUUUCGUUCUGACUGGACUCUCGGUCUUCCUCGCUCCCGUCCUCCAGUUCAUCCCCAUGCCGGUCCUCUACGGAGUCUUCCUCUACAUGGGAGUGGCCUCUCUGAGCGGCAUCCAGUUCUGGGAGCGUAUCAAGCUGUAUCUGAUGCCAGCCAAACACCAGCCCGACUUCUCCUUCCUACGCCACGUCCCCCUGAGACGGGUUCACCUCUUCACCCUGGUCCAGAUCGUCUGCCUGGCCGUCCUCUGGAUCCUCAAGUCCACGUUCCUGGCCAUCAUCUUCCCAGUAAUGAUCCUGGGUCUGAUGGUCGUGCGGAAGCUGCUGGAUCUGAUGUUCUCCCAGCACGACCUGGCCUGGCUGGACGACAUCCUGCCAGACAAAGACAAGAAGAAGAAGGAGGACGAGAAGAAGAAGAAAAAGGACAAGAAGGUGGUGGAGCCGGACAGCGACGAGGAGGAAACCAACCCCUACUCCACGGUCACGUCCGACCAAACCGAGCUGGACCGCAGCAUCACUCUGCACCUGAAGAUCACGUGCCCCCCCUCACCUGCUCACUCCCAGACGAGCCUCGGGCCCGAGGACGCUCCGCCGCACCGGCCGGUCCCUCAGGUCAGCAUCCGGGUGGAGUCGGACUGCGAGGAGUCUGGCUUCUAUCGGCCGCCUCCUCGUGGGAAGCUGCACGCGCACUUCAGCGACGCCUGCGCUGAAACCAUCCUGUAGACGUGUCUGAGUGCUGCAUGUACAGAAACGAGUAGAAAGAAACAACCAAAAACCACGCUCAGAAUAAAUGACCCCCCCCCACCUGAACCUGAACCUGAACCUGGUGCUGCUCGGCUCCGCUUUAAUCUUUGUGCAUCAUCUUCGUUUGGGAUGCGAAGCCCUGAAGAAAUAAAAUGGAAUAAAACUGGAU